CUUUGGUCUUCUCUUUAGAUUUCUUGGUGAGAUUUCCAUUUCUGUGGAAUCUGUUGAAAGAACUUUAUGAGCUAUUGUUUCAAUUCAAUCCAUCAUCGGUUAUGUCAUGCUUUGGAGUAGAUCCUAAAAAACAUUUCUGCAGAAUCAAAACAAUCAAUUCUUAGUUGUUAAAGAAAAUGUCUUCUCUCUGUUCAGUAGCAGUCUUGCUUUCUUCACUUGUGUUGUUUCUUGCCACAGAAUCUUUGUCACAUCCACUAUGUAAUGAUUUGACUGCGCCGUUUAAUCCGAAGCAACCGCUCGCUUUUUGUCAAUUCAAUGGAAGUGUAUGCUGUAACUCCAAGGAGGACUUGGAGUUGCAGAGACAGUUUCAAGCAGUCAAUGUAUCUGAGAGCUGUUCUCCGCUUCUCAAAUCAUUACUUUGCUCGACGUGUGAUCCUUUCGCAGCAGAGCUUUUCCGUGCUGAGUCAGAAUCUAGACAAGUUCCUGUGCUGUGCAAUUCCACAGUUUCUUCUAAUAAGUCAACACAAUCGCUAGCUGAAACUGAUUUCUGCGGCAGAUUUUGGAAUGAAUGUCAGUAUCUCUCUGUAAACAACACUCCUUUUGCAUCUCAAGCUGGAGAUGGAGGCAACACUUCCACUAUAUCUAAAAUCUGGAAAUCAAGAAAUGACUUCUGCGAUGUUUUUGGUGGAUCUUCAGAUGAAUCCUCUGUGUGCUUCAAUGGCCAGGCGGUUUCUUUUAACAUUUCAAAAGCUACCGUUCCACCUCCUUCAGGCAUAUGCCUCGAGAAGCUUGCCAACGGGUCUUAUCUUAACAUGGCACCUCAUCCUGAUGGUACUAAUCGCGUCUUUCUGUCUGAUCAAGCCGGGAAGACAUACUUGGCGACAAUUCCAGCUGAAGGAUCAGGAGAAAUCUUGAAAAUAGACGAAACUAACCUGUUUCUUGAUCUUACUGAAGAAGUGCACUCUGAUGCUGAGCUCGGUCUCUUGGGAAUAGCUUUUCAUCCUGACUUCUCGAAAAACGGUAGAUUCUUCGUUUCUUUCAACUGCGAUAGAGUUAAGUGGCCGGAAUGUUCUGGCAAAUGCGCGUGCAACUCAGAUGUUGACUGUGAUCCUGCAAAGCUAGAUUCUGAUAAUGGAGCAAACCCAUGUCAGUAUCACAGUGUCAUUUCAGAGUUUUUUUCCAAUGGGACUUAUGUUAAACCUGUGGAGGUAAGAAGAAUCUUUACAGUGGGUCUUCCUUUCACAUCGCAUCACGGUGGACAGAUCUUGUUCGGUCCCAAAGAUGGGUACUUGUAUUUCAUGAUGGGAGAUGGAGGAAGUAAAGGAGAUCCACACAACUUUGCACAGAACAAGAAAUCAUUGCUUGGGAAGAUCAUGAGACUCGAUGACAAGUAUGAAGAAGUUGAUAUGAUCACUAAGGGAGGGAACUACGGUUGGCAUUACUACGAGGGACCUUUACUCUUUAAUCCUUCUAAGAACACCAACUCAACAAAGAUUUCAAAUCCGAUCUCACCGGUUAUGUGGUACAAUCAUUCAGAAGGAUCUUCUGCAUCAAUAACCGGAGGAUACUUUUACCGUUCCUCCACUGAUCCUUGCUUGUAUGGAAUGUAUCUCUUUGCAGACUUAUACGCCGGAGUUAUUUACGGUGGAGCUGAAACUCCAGUGGGUAGUGGAAACUUCACCAGCUCUCAUAUUCCCUUACGAUGCUCCUCGGAUUCGCCAAUCCCUUGCUCAUUUGAAAUAGAGCCUUCGUCUUCAUCUUCAUCUCCACCACUUGGUUUUGUGUUCUCCUUUGGAGAAGACAACAAGAAAGACAUUUACUUGCUUGCAAGCUCUGGUGUUUACAGAAUCGUUCGCCCAAGCCGCUGUAACUUCCAUUGCCCUCUUGAAAAGAAAACUUCCUUAGCUCCUUCGCAACAGCCUGAUCGUUCUCCAACGUCUCCAUCAUUGUCUAAACAACUUCACAACAUUAGUACUACUCUUGUUAUAGAGGAAAUGAACAUGUUUAAUAGCAAAUGUUUGACACUUCUGAGAACAAUACAUAUCAGAAGUGUUGUCACACAUGUUCAGAACAAAGGAGGAGCAUUUAGGUUAGUGAACUCAUCGUAUCUGUUA